AUGUUGGCAUCGUCGAGCGUGACACUGCAGCUGAACAUCUACGACUAUUACUGGUGGGAUACAUGGGUUCUAAGUUCAUUCCCCGACAGUCCUCUCAACGACCUACUGUUUGCUUGCGCAGGGUGGCGAAUGAGGCUGGAUAAUGAACGAACGAUACGCAAGAGGCCGCAAUGUGAGGCCAGGUCGAGCAUCCUUUUAGUUGGGUCUGUGAGGGAAGAGCGAGCUUGUCCGGGGGUAUCAGUAAGGUUUAAUCAGAGCUACCCAGGGCGUAAUGAGGCUAUGAUCUGUGACCAACCAGCCGGUGUGAUGAGUAAUGGCGUGUGUGGGAGAGCGGACGGGGAGGGCCGUUAUUACCCAGGACAGGAUGGGAGCGACAUGCCAGACGGAGGGCAGGAGUCAGCUAAUUUUGACGAGGAUACUGCACUGUCAAGGCGCAUGAGCUACUGCAAUACAUCCAGAUUCUCCGGGUUACGCCAGCCAAACCAGUCUGAGGCGGAGCCGAUUGAGAGCUAUGUCGAUUGGAGGACGAGGCAACCAUUCGUCUGCGUGUCAGGCGUCACCAAAAUGGAUAGAAGCCAGAUGAACUCCAACGGUGUCAAACAGCUUCAGGGUUUUGUUAAGCAGUAUGAACAUGCCAGAGCGACCAUUGAGGGCUCGAAAAAUCUGAUCGUGGAACGCAUCCACACAAGUGAGAACGAGAUGGAGAGCGUCCGCAUGCCAGAGGGGAAGCUCACUGAUGGCAACGGAUAA